CGCCGCCGCCGUCGCUGAACUGGAAGGGAAGGUGCGGCAGCAUCAAACCGAAACCUGAAACUGAAAUUGAGCGAAAGACAACAAGAACAACAACAACCACAGCAAAGACGACAACGACGCGUCCUUGAGCUCAUAAUUAAAACACCUGUUCAAGAGCAACAACUUCGGGAAGAGAAUUUCACAAAUAUCAACAACAACAGCAAAGGAAGAUGAACAAUUUCACAACAACAACGGCCACAGUGCCUAAAAAGGACGCACUGCCUCGAUCGGGACAUGUUAAUGAGGUUUGCAAGGAAUGGCUCGUGCGUGAGGACGGCGCCCUGGCCUACAAGCUGCAGUCCCAGGAGAUUAACGACUUUUAUAAGGGCAAUCGGUACAGGAAUGCGACGGUGCGCGAAGAUUUCCCCACGGCUCUGCACGAGCAAAUUAAGGAAACGGAACAGGCCCAGCGGCAGGUGGAGGCCUACCGACGACGCCUCACAGAACAGGAGGAGCAUGACAAACGUGUGGCCAAAGAAAUUGCCGAUAAGCUUGAACGCGAUCUGCAGGAACAGCAGCAAAAGGAGCUGCAGCAGAGCGAGCUAAUUGCACAGAAAAUGCAGGAAAUCUAUGUGAAUCUGCCGCCGGUGCCGCCGCCAGCAACACGCGACAAGAGCCGUCCGCCGCCGCGACCAGCCAAAGCAAGUAUACUGCAGCAACAGCUGCAACUGCAACACGAAUCGAAUAGCAGAGUUGAGCCCAGCACCUCACAGCAAGCUAGAUAUCUCAGUCAGCAGCCGCUGCAGCUGCAGCAGCAACACUUUUCACAAACAGACAACUAUGUAGGAUUAUCGCUUAUACCAAAUAUUGUUGAUAUGCCAGCAGCAGCAACAGCAGCAACUAGCACACCCACUAAGCAAAAAACACAACCACAACACAAUCAGCUGUUGGUGAGUGAUGCUGAGCACGCGCCAACAACAAUCGCACCGCAGCAACAAGCACGUCACCAUCAUGCACAUCAGCAACAUCAAUCAGCACGUCGCCUUGCACCAACAACACCAACAUCUACAUCUAUAUCGCACAGCCUUACAUCUCAGCACACACCCACACACAGCAUCAAUCAUCAGGCAGCUGACAUAGACGAGCUGGUGGACUAUGCCGAUGUUGCUGACAGCAUACGCGGCCUGUCAGCAACAGCAGUCGCUGCAGCCGCUGCAGCGGCAACUGUUGUCGACGCAGUCAUGCCCCAGCGUUCGGCCUCACACGAAAACUUACUGCGUACCGAACCGAAAUUUCAGAAACUAUCUCCGGAGAAAUACGAUCAGAUGGUGGGCAACUUUGCGCUGGGCAACGCCAAAGCCGUCGAGCGGCACAUGCAGCAGCACGCGGACGACAUUGAGCUCUAUGUGGAUCCCUGCGACUAUGCGAGCCUGCGUGACAUUGGACUACCGCCCGAGGAGCUGCACGAGCUGAGCAAGAAGCUCAAGCAGGAGCAGAAGGACGAGGUGAGCUUACAUCUAUGUCAUAUACUCUUUCUAUUGCUAAUGUUGUUGGCUUUCUUGCAGCUGCUGGCGCGUCGCCUGCAGGCCAUUGAGAGCAAGGAUAGCGUGCGUCAGGAGCAACGCGAUCGCAUGCUGGCCAUUGAGGCACAGGACAAAGAACUCGCCAAGAUGCUGCAGGAGCGCGAAAAAGCCAAAGUGAAGCGCGCCAAGGAGAAGGCGCGCCUGCGCAAGUCGCAGCAAAAGGAAGCAGGAGCAGUAGCUGGCGCUGGUGUUGCUGCCAAUGGGGUAAACAGUUUGCUCUGCGGCACAAAUGGCUCGCAUUGCGGGCCGCUGCUGGCUCUGCCGCAGGACUGUAUGUCUGCGUCACAAAUGUCAAACGAUAUCGACGUGGAAGCCUAUUCAAAUCCCAUUGAUGUGCUCAACAGCAGCCGAGCAGCAGUUGAGCAGCGCCAGCCUAAUGGCACACUGACCAAUGGCAGUCUGACCAGAGACAGCAGCUCCGCGCACGGCUCCAUGCAGCGGCAACAGCGACAGGCGGCCGCAGCUGCCAGCAGCCUGACACGCGGCGAUGAUGACAUCUAUACCCUGCCCGUGGACAGCUGUCGACCUGGGCAACCGCGACCCAUCUCUUUGCAUUUGACUGCAGAUGCCGUGCAGCAGCAUAAUUCCAUGACGCGCUCGGAGCACUAUGGCUCAGAGGCGGGCUCUCAUGACAGCACGCUGUCCAGCGGUCACGAUGUCUCGCCGCAUCUCAAGUACUCCAAGUCCGGCAACUUUGAUCAAAGCGUCAGCCCUACGCCGCCUUACAUGCCAAUUCAAGGUACACGACGAUCAAAUUCAAGUGAAGAUCGUAAAAAGAAAUCCAAGGACAACAAGUGCACGCAUCAGUGAAGCCGCCCUGCGUUCAUAGCAUAUAGACGAUCUUUACUAUAUCUACUUAUUCGUACAUCGCUCCCUCUCUCUUUCACACUUAUUAUAAACGACAAUGAAAUUGUUUAGCUCACAUCAACUUUCAUCAUAUUCACAACUUCAACUAGUUUAGCUCGUAGUUCUUAGAUAAGCUUUAUUUGAAUCCUUUGUUGUGUGUAUCGCAUCUGUUAACAGACAACUCAGCUUUGGGUUUACAAUAAAUGUUUGUUAAUAAGCAUAAGGAUGUUAUUUGUGUUUCUUUUGUUGGAUUUGUGGGUGAACAAUAUUUGGUCUAAGAAAAAGAUAGUAGAUGCGUAUACUAAUAUUUAAUUAUAUGUUUGCCUUAAGUUUUUAGUUGAAUUAUUACGUUAUUCUAUUACGUUAUAACUAUGUAUUGGAAUUUAAUUGACGAUUGACUUCCAUGAAGAGUCGAUAGAAGUCCAGUUGAUCGCA